CUUUCGUGCCUCAGGUACAUUCGGGUUGCCUGAGGUGCUUUGGGUGCAUGUACCUGCCCACCUACCCACAGUCACUGUGCCUACAACAGUACGAUCUGCGCAUACGACCCGAGCCCGGCCGGCAGAGCGAUGGCGGAACAGCAAAACCGAGUGGCGCCUCCUUUCCCGACACCUCCUCCCUUCUACACCCACUUCACCAAGCAGAACAUCUCCCAGCUUCAGCAGCUUCGCAAGGAAGCGAGUGACCAUGGACCCAAGGCCGCGCUCGACCUCUUAUCGCUCCCCCCCGAACUCCGCUACCUUGUCCCUCCUGCCCCUCCGGCCGAAGACCAUUAUCGAACCUUUGGCGCCGCGAUCAACCUCCAUGCCCCCGAUGCUUCGCUCGGCGAUGCCAAUAUCGAACAGCUCUAUCCCGCCGACCCUGCGGCGACAUUACAUCCGCAGCCCCACCUUAUCGCCCUUUCCCGCAGUCUCCUGACCACAUUCUUGAGCCUCGUGGGCAUCAUGAGCCAUGAUCCGACCGGAUUCUACGAAGAGCGGGUGCAGAGCUUGCAAACAAUCAUGUUCAACAUUCACGACCUCAUCAAUCGAUAUCGCCCACACCAGGCAAGGGAAAGUCUGGCGUUGAUGAUGGAGGACAGACUCGUGAGCAUGAAAGACGAGAUACGUCGGAUAGAGGAUGCGAAGGCUGGCGUUGAACAGAUUAUGGCGGGGCUCAUCCAGGCUGGGGAAUCACAGAAUGCAGAACGGCAGGGAGAAGACGGUGGACCAGUUGGUGUUGAUGCUGGAGGGCCGCUUCGAAAGGUGAGCGACAAAGGGGCAAUGGAGAAGCAAAGGUCUGCCUGGGCGGCGAUCGAGAGCGAGACGGCAGGUUCAUGGUAGAGUGUCCAGGCUACA